CUAGGAGGAGGUCGCGUACCGGUGACCACUCGGCCAGGACCCUAUACUGACUCAAGUUCAAGUUCAAAUUCACAGAAUGACAUUGGAUACAAGAUUCAUCAGUUGUAUGUAAAAUACAAGAGCAGCAGAAAUGUUAAGAGUAAUAGCAAAAACCUUUAGAAUUGGGCAAAUCCACACUGCCCUCCAAAAGCAUAAAAAGUUUUGUAAUUCAAGUAUCAUUCCUCUACCCUACAACCUUUCUCAUGUAUGCCAGUAUGCUACUAGAUCUAAACAGACUUCAUUUUCUGAGGAAGACACACUGAGCUAUAAAGUACAACAAUAUUUGCGAACUAACACCAAGUGUUUAGUUGCUGACAUUCCAGGUGCUGAUCAGUGUAGCAGCAAUGUGUGCAAUGAUGCUUAUGCUGUGCAUCAAAUGUUGCUUGUUAUUUCCCAUAGUUUACUACCAAAAGCAAAUGAUGUCCUGAAACUUUUUUCAUUAUAUUCAGUAUCAGACCAUUCUAUUUUGCAAGACAUUAUAUCCAAGAAAUCCCUCAUGAUGACAGUAAAGAGAAAAAUAGGCGAAAGUGUAUCCUACAUGACCAGAGAUGAACUAAGACAUUUUGCUGAAACAUUAAAAGAAAUAAAUAUUAACACAUCAAAGUUUUUAGUGAAAAUUGCUGGGUUUAUUGACUUGGAAUGUGAAAAACGAGCAUGGGUAGCGGAUAUUGAACAGUGUUUGGAUUUGUUUGACAUUCUGUUAAUAUUGUAUGGAAAUAAUAUCUACAGAAAGAAGCAGUAUGACAUGUUCAUGGCAUUAUUUGAGAAGCACAUAAAUUCACUUCAGCCUCAACAUUUGGUGCAAGUUCUUCAUUAUGUGGGAAUUGGUAAGAAAAAAAAAAUUUCAAAUGAUUUUGUUGAGAAACUAGUGAGAAAGUUGGAUACUUGUUAUCAAGAUUUACCUUUUCAAGAUGCUGGCAUAGCAGCAGCUGGUAUAUUUAAAUCUAAUUUUAAAAUGAAUGAAUCGUCACCAUUUAUACAUAAAACUGCACAUCAUCUGGAAUCUAAAAUUAGGGAAUGCUUCUCCCUGUGUGACCUAGAAUCAUAUGGUGUUGUUGCAAUGAUGAAACUCAUUCGUGCAGCAAAAUACAGAGAUAGCAAAGUUAUGUCUGCUUUGAAUACUUUUAUACUGCACACAGAUAUAAACACUCUUUCUCCUCAAGUUGUUUCUCACACUCUGGCUCUCUAUGCUAACAGCUGCAUAUACCAACAUGAAGUCUUCACUAAACUAGAACACACAGUAAUCCAACACUUGAGAGCUCCUUCACAAACUGUACGCUUGAGAGAUCUGUCUCGAGUACUUUGGGCAUUUAGCCAUGUAAACCAUCAAUGUAAUGAAGAUUUAUUCAAAAUAGUUGAUAAAUCUCUCAUGGAAUUUGUUUACAAUGGCGAAGUAGAUAUAUAUCCACAUUUUCUAUCAAGUACUCUAUUCUCCAUGGCAAUUCUUGGACAUUAUCCCGAAGAACUCAUCAAAGAAGUCUUCAGGCUUAAAAGAAUUCAGCGUUUACAAGAUUAUCAGAAGAGUAAGCAGCUAUCACGCCUUUUAAUGCUAAACGAGUGCCUUAAAGUGGAAGCUCCUGGAUUAACUGCAGUAAUACCAAACAUUUCUAAAAAUAAUUUGCCCAUAAGGACUCUGACAGAUGAGACUCACCAUAGGCCAUCUCUUGCCAUGUUAAUGAAAGGUGCCGUAUUUAUUAAUCAAAUAGUUGGUGUACCUGUUCUGAAACUGAAGUUUCCUAUUAUACACAUAAACUAUGCAAGUCUGGUAUAUGAUAAUAGUGAAAUGAAAUAUCAAGAUUGCCUCGUAUUACCAGACACCACUAACCGAGACCAUGUAUUACACCAACUUAAUGCAAUUAAGGAAUAUUCCAUUAAACGACCUAUAGCUAUUGAACUCCUGGAUCCCCAUUCCACUUUGUCUACCUCACAGCCUGUUGGGAUAGUGAAAAUGAAAAUACGACUACUGACUCAGUGUGGCUGGGAAGUGAAGAAAAUUAAUUCAGCAGAUGUAGAAAACUGUCAAGGUGAUGUCCAAGCACUUGCAGCCUUGAUACUGGAUGAGUUGACUAAGGAAGCUGUGUAAUUGACUUGAAGAAAUUUAGAUAAAGCUACAUUUAUCUUAGCUUAAACUUAAUCAAUAGGCUGAAGAAUUAGAACAGAAGUGAUCACUGACAUUCUUAUGCAGUUUAUUUGAGUGCAGAGUUUUAUAUUAAGUGUUACAAUUCAGAUAGUCAGAAGGCGACUGAGGGCCUUCUUCAUCUCCCACUCCCCACUGACAUCUUCCGCUCCCCACUGACAUCUUCCGCUCCCCAAUGACAUCUCCCACUCCCCACUGACAUCUUCCGCUCCCCACUGACAUCUUCCGCUCCCCACUGACAUCUUCCGCUCCCCACUGACAUCUUCUGCGAACUCAUCAGACUGUGUUGAAUAUAACUCCUUCUCUUUCAAUGGUAAAUACUUCUCUCAAACUUUCGGUGUUGCUAAACUAGGUAUGGUUUACCUAGUUUACUCCCCCCCCCCCCCUCUGUUCUUGCCAAUCUCUGGAAUACUUCGAAACCGUAUUUCUGCCUUCUGUGUACACCAUACAGAACUUAUCCCUCUCACUGGGACAAGUGAGAGGGACUUCCCUUCACUAUGUUGAUGACAUUUUUGCUUUAUGGCUUCAUGACCUUAAUCUUUUCCAGCCUUUCCUCGCCUCUCUUAACAAUCUGGCUCCUUCCAUCCAUUUCAAAGUUGAAUGGGAAUCUAAUUCCCUCCUUCCUUUUCUUGACGUUCAGGGUCACAGCUGUGUCGGGGUUCUUUUUCUCUGUCUGCCGCAAACCCAUGCAUAGUGGCAUGUACAUUCACUUCUUUUCCUACCAUCCUACUUCUUUUAAGAAAAGUGUCCUCGUCUCUCUCUUCCUCCGCGCUCUACGCAUCAGCGACCCUCAGUUUCUUGAUUCUGAAAUUUCCUUUAUUUACAAAUCUUUCUCUCACCUUAGUUACCCCUCACAUUUUUUUCAACUGUGCAUAUUCUAAAGCUAAACUAAAUUCCUUUCAUUCUAUACCUGCUUCCAACACAACUAGCACUGUGCUUUGCCUUCCCUUCAUAUCUGAACUCAAAAAUCUUACUAAUACCGUAUUCUUGGUGAAUCGGAUACUUUUGAUAUCGUUCACCUUAUGCGUUUCUGUUCUCGUAUUGGCGUUCUUGGUGAUAUUUAGCGCCCUCUGAUUAUUUCGCACUUUGAUGGUGCUACAUAGCCGUCCCAGUUUGGUGCCUUCUUUUGAUAAUUACCUUGCCUUACUAAUACCCUUUAUGCUCUUAAAUCUCGCCUUUCGACAAACUAACACUCUUCGUACUAAUUUGGUUCACACUUCUGCUUCUAAUUCUGCCAGUGUCUACCCUAUUUCUUGUUCGUCUUAUUUUCCCCAAUACUUUGAGGAAACUGGCCGUACACUAAAUGACAGACUUAAGGAACACAAAAAGAAGUGUUAAGUCUGCAGACACAAACAAUGCUCUCUUCUGUCAUGUUAGGGAUUCUGAUCAUUCUAUUGAUUGGUCUUCUUCUGAAAUAAUCUUUCCUGCCUCUACUCUUCACAGACGCUAUCUUAUUGAAUCGGCUUUGAUAUACAACCUACCCAACAUGAACCUUAGUCCUGGUUUUGUUGCUGCCAGUUGCUGCUAGUUGACUCUUCCCUUUCACAGUACAUACCUAAAUGUUCUAAACUUUCUAAAACGUGACCUAACAUAAGCCUACCCAUCCUUUUUCUCUUUGUUUUCUUUCUUUCUCUUUUUUCUUACAUUCCCAUUCUUACUCCUAUUUUUACCCCCUUACACCCUUUAUUUCACCUAUCCCUUCCGUACUUUUUGCCGUGCAAAAAGUACGGAAGGGAUAGGUGAAAUUUCCGUACCUUUUCCGGGAUAGGUGAACUUUUUUCCGUACCUUUCUCUAAAGUUUCCUCCUCCUCACCUCUCUCGUGCCUUACUUAUAUUCUAAACUUUUCUAAACUACCCAUCUUCUCCUUCCCUCUUCUCAUCACAGUUGACUUGAUAAUGGUCCAGGAUGGACCGACACGUCGUCGUCUUUUCAUCUUCCAGUGUGUGGUUAGGUCAACAUUCUUCAGCCACGUUAUUGUGACUCAUCGUGUGCAAUCCAGAUAAUUAUAAAUUAAUCACUAUGAAAUAGAAUUUUUCAGUGCCAUAUAAUAAAUAAAAACUACACAUACUGACUUUUGCAGUUAAAAUAUGACAGGGUUUAGAAUGUAUAGACGUUUGAUAAAUCUGUUUGAAAUGUUAUGUAAUUUCGGGGCCAUAUUACGAAAAUAUGCAAUAAAUGAAAACUGGUUCGAUUUCAAUCAAACUUUUUUUACUAGUUGUAUAUGAAAUUGGGUUCAACUGGUCAAAGUCUCAGCAUCAUAGCAUAAAUAGGAAGGGAAAAAAAAUAUUAAAUUAUGUGUCAAAAAAUUUCCAAAAUGGUAAAAAAUUAACAUCAAACACAAGUGUCA